GCGCGCGACAACAGCCUGAUAGACGUUGAGACACGAUAGUAGCUAUAUGCAACAACUUGCGGCGGAUGGUUUACGAUGAAUCCUCCGAAGGGACCCGUUGAAACGACAGCUCAAGAGAAGUCGGACUCGGACAGCGAGAAAAAUCAAAAGCCAAGAGAUGUGACCAGCGACACGGGACAUAAAGUGAAGAAGACUUACCUCCCGUUCAGUGUUGAAUCCCUGAUGGCCAAAUCCAGCUGCCAGGUCGCGUGCUCCCCGGCUCUCCCACAUCAGAGACUGGGACAGGACUUAGUGAGGACUUACUUUGUAGAGGAAACCAAAGUUUCUGUGGACAGUUUGUCGAGCGUUUCGGACAGCCUCAACGACGACAGUGAAGAAUUGAGCGAUAAGGAACAGAGCACUUGGUCCAACUCAUGUUUCACAUCUCCACUUCGUCACCCGAGCCCAACGCCGUGCACCUUGCGCAAGCACAAGACGAACCGCAAGCCGCGCACGCCCUUCAGCACCUCCCAGCUGCUCUCCCUCGAGCGCAAGUUCAGGCACAAACAGUACCUCUCUAUCGCCGAACGGGCCGAGUUCUCCAACUCUCUAAACCUCACCGAGACCCAGGUCAAGAUCUGGUUCCAGAACAGGAGGGCGAAGGCAAAGAGACUUCAGGAGGCCGAGCUGGAGAAGUUCAAAUGCGCCUCCAAGCCGCUUCUGGCCCCCUUCGCGCUGCCCUUCCCUCUCGGAUCUCCAUCAUCUCUGUACGGACCUCCAGCAUCUUUCCCGCGGCCCGUUCCGAUCCCAGGACUAUUUAACGGACCCGUGUCUUAUGGGAUGUAUUAUUUGUCUUAAAAAACAUUCAUCUGACGGCUUCCUCCAAUUUGAAAUGAUUUGAGAGACUUGUGCAGUUAUGAAAGUUUACACGAAAUUCACAGGGGAGAUUAUUAUAAUAACGUUGGUAAUUGCACAAAUAAGUGCUGGAUAAUUUUAACUACUAACAUAGCUACUUUUGUAAUUAUUUUGACAACCGCUUGUAAUUACUUCUGUAAUUAAUUAUAGUAGCCUAAGCUAUCAUCUUGGACUGGGUAGGUAAUGUCACAUUUGAACUCUGUUUCCCAAAGCCACAUGAAAUCAAGGAAGGAAGCUGCUGUAUAUUAUGUUUUAUUAUACUGACGUGCUCUUGUGGAGCAGGUAGAUGUGUAACUCUUUUAAGAUCAUCUGACACGGAGGUUAUCCGUCAGAGGAAGUACUUAUUGGCCUUAUGUUGGAAGUGCCUUGAAAAAGACCAAAUAUUUAUUAGUCUAAAAUAAAAAAAUAUAUAUUCUUUCUUAAAUGUAA